AUGCAUGAAGAAGAUGAGCUUGGAGAAGGAGACGACGAGUAUGCGGAGUAUACCAGCGCUCAAGAGCGCAUUGGCCUUGGCAAGAAGUCGAAAAAACUUGAAGCUUCGAAGCGCAAGGAUGCUAUGGAAGCGAUGACCGCAGAUGCCGAUGAGGAAGACGAGGAGACCAUGGAGUGGGAAAGGGAACAGUUGCGGAGAGGCAGUCCAUUCCUAACUUCUCAUGAGGUAUCUCCCACAAAACAGGUCUACAAGCCUGCAGCCAUUCCUACAUCGACUACGAUACCAUCUCUUGGACCGGCAAUGAAGCGCCUGUCUCAGUCUUUGACCGCGGUGACUACGUCGUAUACAACAAAUGUGAAGGCAGCAGCAUCAUUGGUCGAGGAACGAGAACAAUUAGAGUCGUGGUUCGCUGCAUUCAAGGAAUGGGUCCAAAAUGUGGCGACAUUUCUCGAUGAGAAGUUUCCGAAGCUGGAGAAGCUCGAGGAUGAAUUUGUUUCAAUACUCAAAGAAUACUCUGGGAUGAUUGCUCGGCGACGCCAAGCGGACAACCAAGAUGAUCUAUCUUUGAUUUUCGAUCACUCUGAAGAGGUGGAUGACUUAGGACGCGUUCUACCUCGAGCAAACUCUGUUACUGUACGCCAUUAUCAAAGUGCUAUUGAAAGAAUAGUCAAUGAUGGGCAUGGUUUAUUAUCUGAUAAGCAUGCAGCAGAGUUCAGAGAUCCGAGUUUGGGGUUGGCAAAGUGGUUUGGUGGAUGGCGUAGACGCUUUGGUGAUAGUUAUACUGGUGCAUGGGAUGGGCUUGGACUUGUCGGUGCUUGGGAGUUCUGGGUGCAGCUAGAACUUUUUGGAUGGAACCCCUUCGAGAAUUCGCACACCUUGCAUGAAUUUUCGUGGUGUGCUUCACUACACGAGUACUGUGGAGAUAAUGAUAAUGAUGAUCCAGAGUCGGAUACAGGCCCGAAUGAUGACUUGAUUUCCACAGCAGUCGUGCCCCUGAUCUGCAAGGUGGUCGAGGCAGGUGCGCUUGACUCGUACUCGGCAUUGGAUACCCGCAAUAUGAUGAACUUGGCAGAGCAAGUGGAAGCUUCCAUCGGACACGACAACCCCAAAUUCCAGGUGACUAGAUACCUCCUGGUCACCACGAACGAGUUGCUAUUCUGA